UGACAGUAUACAUAGUUACACUGUUUGCUCCUAUCAUACAAGCGCCAUUUGACAGUAAACUUGGUUGCUGUUCAGUUCAGUUCAAAAUUUCAUAUUACUUGCCUGUGUUAAAUAAUAAUUGUGUGUGUUUUCUGGGAUAUUUAUUGUAAACAUAUACUUGGACAUAAAUAUUUCAAUUGAUUUUAGAUUGUAUAAUCUUGUUUGUUGAAAGUGAAUUAUCAAAAUGGCGACAUCCGCAUUUUCUAGAAAUUUUGAUUUGGUUAAAUAUUAUUGUUGUACAAUCUGCGAGAAAGAACGGUCUGUAGAAAUAGAUGCAGAUUUUUACUGUCAAACAUGUCUUAAAUACUUCUGCAGAAGAUGUAUAAACUCCCACAGACAGCACGGUUGGUUGUUUUUCAAAAAAUCUCCUUAUGGAAAGGAUAACAUAAUGAAGUGGCCACUUUCUAAGAAGAUGGAGACUUCUCUUUUAACAUGCGUCAUACACAAGAGUGAACAAAUAACAAUGUACUGCGAGGAAAACAGUCAGCUGUGCUGCUCUAAAUGUGUUGAACUUAAUCACAGACGAUGCUUACAAGUAACUCCAUUACCUCAGGCUGCCACAGGGAAGUCAACUGACUUCAAGAACCUGUCUGUCAGUACGGAAAAUGCUCUUUCACAACUGAAACAUAUUCAGACGUAUCAGGAGGACAGAAUGAAGUAUCUUAAGUUUUCAUACAAAGAACACGAGAGUCUUAUUGUUGAUGGUUUGCGUCUGGAAAUAAUGUCAUUUUUACUCCUAUGUGAAACCAGCACAGUUAAUACAACACACGAACAUAUGCAAUACACAGUCAUUGACAUGCGUGAGAAAAUCAAAUAUUUAUUAGCAGAUUUUGAGAAAAGCACUAUUAAGGAGAAGAAAGAAGAGCUAAACCUGAAACAAGCUCCUCUCAAGGUUGUGAGAAACAGCUGCAUCAGACUUCACUAUGAAUUGUUCCAUCUCCAUGUAGCCAUACCAAAAGUACCGGGUAAAGAACUCUCUUUUAUUGCCAGUAAAAAAUGUCUGGAAAAUAUACAACAAUCUUAUAUAUUUAUAAAAGAGAACUUUUCAAACAAGGUUUUCACAGUGAAUGGGAAGUCUGUGCACAAUGUGAAAAUGCCAAGUGAUUCAUACACAUGCCAUAUCACAGCAGUAUGUGCUCUCCCAAAUGGACAGGUACUGGUUGCAGACCACUAUAAUAAGAGAGUCAAGCUUCUGAACCAGCAGUACCAGGUGGUGAGCCACUUGUAUGUAAGGGAUGGACUCAUACAGGACAUGUGUCUUAUCACACCCACUGAGUUUGCAGUGGCUGUGCCUGAUGAGGUCCAGUUUAUCACAGUAACCCAGAGCCAACUCGCCAAAGGCAGGAAGCUUAAGUUACAACAUAUAUGUUAUAGUAUUGCCCACCACCAGGGUGACCUAUAUAUCUGCUCUCGUACUGCUCUGUACAAGUUCACAUUGAGUGGCAAACUGGUCUGCAGACUCUAUGAAGAUUCAUCAGCUUAUUUAACAGUAGACAAGUGUGCUGUGAGUCCCACAGGAGACAGGCUGUACAUCACCAGCCACAGGCAGGACAAGCUUCUCACCCUGGCCAGGGAUGGCACACUCCUGGCUACAUACACAGACCCAGCACUAGUGCGCCCAUCUGGUCUACAUGUGACCCCUGCAGGCCAGGUGCUGGUCUGUGGAUGGCUGCCCCCCACUGUACUACAGGUGGGCUGGGAGGGAGAGAGUAAGCUGGCUAAUCUUGCUACUCAGGAGGAUGGAGUGUGGUACCCAGUGUCAGUCUGCUACAGCAGCACAACAUCAUCCAUCAUUGUGGGACUGGUGGUGGACGACAACAUCCUGGUGUUCAGAGUGGAAUAGUGUGUACAUUCGCUGCUGAGUCAGGACAACGAUGCUGAGGAUGUGGUGGACAAGAAUGACCUGACUACGCAGAAGGACAGCACCACCAUUGAUAUCGAGUUGGCCCAGCAACAGCACCAGUCCGGCCUGCAGGAGCCCUAGACCAGGACGACCCUUCCACUCCCCUGACCCAUAGCUCAUCAUACUUGAUAUCCGGAAAAAUGGGGCCUAAUAUGCAUUUGCUUAAAUUGUUGUCACAGAUAAGCCUGUGCAGUUUGCACAGGCUAAUAAUGGACAACACUUUCCUAUUAAAGGUAUUUUUCAUUGAACAAAUAAUCCUCUUUAUGAAAAUCCAGUCUAGUCAGAAAGUAC